UGACACAUGCACUACGCACUCUUUAUCACUAGCUGUCAGACAGAUGCUUGCGACAGUCGGAGAGGUAGAGUUUCGGAGAAGGACAAGGGGGACUAUAGAACAGACUGAUCAAAAGAUAUGGAGUGGCAGUCGAUUUUUAUUGCCAAUUGAGACCCGUUUGGUAAGAGUUGAGCUUGUUUCGUUCCUAUACACAGUGUUAUUUAUUACUCAUGAAUGCCAAUAUCGUUUGAACUGCUCUUGCGCAAUGGAUCCCUAAAUAGUUGCGUGUUUUCUUUAAGAAAGAGAACCGUUUUAUACCUUGGAGACUUUGGAAACUUUACAGAAGAGCAACAAGAGAAAUGGAAACAAUUUGGGGGAAAUCCACUGAAUCACAAUGAUUCAACAAUGCCAAACCAUUGGUCACAGACGUCAGUUCAAUGUCUAGUUUUGAGUUGUCAGCUAACGUGAAUUCAACCUGAAAUCAACAAAACAUGUCACCAUGUCAUUGGAAUUAGGUCAAAAGUUGGGUGAAAAAAAUUGUUUUCGAGGUUGACUCAUGGUCAUCAAAUUGACAUUUUUGCUUGAAAUGAGUGGAAAGAACGUUGAUUCAACCGUUUUUGGGUCUUAACACUUACCAUAGCCUUUUCUGCUGCAAAAAAAGGGUGACUUUAAGAGCUUGAGGGGGCCCACCACAACACUGACAGCCUGACACACAACACACACACACACACACACACACACACACACACACACACAAACACACACUGAACCUCGAGUCAUGCUGUCGAACGAGAGCUGCGAGAACAGCACCCAUAUCCACACGGACGGGAACCCGGUGGUGAGCACGGUGAUGUUCAUCCUGGGGGUGAUGGGGAACUUCAUCGCCCUGGCCAUCCUGGGGGUCCACCAGAAGGAGCGGCGCACCAAGUCCUCCGUCUUCUGCAUCCUGGUGACGGGACUGGCCCUGACUGACCUGCUGGGAACCUGCUUCCUCAGCCCAUUGGUGUUUGUGUGCUACGCCCGCCAGCGAUCCCUGCUGGGGCUCACUGGGGACCAGGGACUCUGUGGCCUCUUCGCCUUUGCCAUGACCUUCUUCGGCCUGGCCUCCAUGCUCAUCCUCUGUGCCAUGGCCGUGGAGCGCUGCCUGGCCAUCAGCCACCCCUAUUUUUACUCCAAGUGCGUCCGACGCAGCUUCGCCAAGGUGGCCCUCCUGCUUAUCUACGUCUUCACCUGCGCCUUCUGUGUUUUGCCAUUCUUCGGCUACGGCCGCCACAAGCAGUACUGCCCGGGCACGUGGUGCUUCAUCAAGAUGGAGGCGGUGGGCGAGGGGGCGGACGAAGAGAGGAAGGUUCUGGCAUUCUCGCUGUCCUACGCCUCGGUCAUGGCGCUGCUGAUUGUGGCGGUGUUUGUGUGCAACGGCUCGGUGAUCGUCAGCCUGUGCCGGAUGCACCGAAGCCAGAUGACACGGCGUGGUUCGGUGGGGAAUGGAGGGAGGAAGAGGAAGAUGAGUCUGGGCUGGUUCGGACAGGGGGAGGAGGAGAUGGACCACCUGAUGCUGCUGGCCUCCAUGACGGUCAUCUUCGUUGUCUGCUCCUUGCCGCUCACUAUUGCCGGUUUCGCCAAUGCCAUCGAGCCGGUGGGUGACGACCAGGAGAACCUGCUGGCGUUCCGUUUCCAGGCCCUCAACCCCAUCGUGGACCCCUGGGUGUUCAUCAUCUUCCGCAAGUCCGUGUUCCGCCACCUCCGCUCGCUGCUGCGCUGCCGCUUCACGGGGGGAGCGGUGAAGAACACGGCCCACUGCACCUUCUCCUUACCCCCUGACGACCACAGGGAGUCUCCCAAGCCCUCCGUCUCCCUGCAGCCCAAACUAUACUCCAGCCGGCCCCUCUGAUGUGAGGGGUGGGACCCGGGGCAGGAAAGAGGAUGGGAGUUAUGGAUGUAUGUAUGUGGGAGAGCAGACAAUGAGGGAAGGGGUUCUGGAUAGAGGAUUUGGAGAAUUCACUUUGUGGAACACCAGCUCUUACAGGAGGUACCUUAUCCGCUAUUGACUAGAAUGCAUAUGCGUAUACUGAUGCAUGAGCUACAUAUUUCAUACAUGGCCGUGCUGUACAAAAAGACUGCAAAAGAAUGGAUAAAGUGAUUGAUUGUGCCUUUAAACUCACUGUAAACUUAACUCAAAGCAACUGAAAAGGACAGAAACUCCUGCUCCGUACUGAAUGUAUGCAGGAGAGGACCACUAAGAGGGAUUUAUUAUGGACAACCAGCCCUGGAGGGGAGUAACUACAAUGUUUGUUGAUCCAUCCUCAGUUUUCUCCUAUCACAGCCAUUAAACUCUGUAACUGUUUUAAAGUCAGCAUUCAUGGUGAAAUCCCUGAGCG